CUAAGUUUGGCAAAUACGCUUGAAGUUUUCGGUAAUUUUGAUGUAAAUAUUACCGAAACCGAAACCAUCUUAACAAAUUAUAUGACGUAACGAAAACAAUAAAAUUUAUUAGUGAACAGGCAAUUGAGCAAAAAUGAAGUCGGUGCUACUUACAGCAUUAUUGGUAACAACAAUUACGACAAUUCAAGCAUACCAUGAUCCAGACCUCAACUACCACCUCAGUCAAAUACAAAAACUGCAAAACUGUGACAAUGGUUAUUCCUACCCCGCGCCUGCUAUUCAACUAACCACCUCUGGAGUGAAAGUAGCUGCUGCGCCAGCAGUAGUGUCCCAGCAAGUACUAUCUGCACCUGCUUAUCAAUACUCUGAUGCGGGUUACUCAAACAGAUUAAGUUAUCAAGCCGUAGCGCCUCAAAUUUCCUAUGUUACUCAAUCACCACCUGUAUAUCAGACUUCAGUAGUGUCUCAAAACGCUGCGCCGGUAUAUUCAACAAAAGAAGUACACGGGUACGCUACCUCUGCAGGACUCUCAUCAGCUGCUUCAACAGGAAGAAGAGUAACACCGCUUGCAACGUACGCCCAAGCACCAAUCAUAGCGAAAAUAACAGCUGCUCCAUUAUUUGCCAAGUUUUCUGUAACUCCACCCAAAACCACAUUCUUAACUCAAAACUCAGUAUCCCAACAAGCAUAUGUAACAGGAUCAUUGGCAAAAGCUUCUCUAAACUCCUAUAGUGUACAAAGUGGAGGACCUGUUGUAUCUCAAGUAUACGCAGCUCCUUCUGCAGGAUAUGCAGCAUCACCGGCUCUUAAACUUCAACAAAAUCAAGUUGUUACACAGGCAAGCUAUAGCACCUCUAUCCCUGCUGUCACUCGAUACACGCAGACUGUUCCAGCUGUUUCACAAGUGACUCAAAUUGCACCAGUAUCUCAAUACGCGACAUCUUCUGUUUCACAUGUAGGAGGGACUGCUACACAAUAUUUUAGACCAGUGCAAUAUUCUACACCAAUUGUCUCUCAAUACGCAACUCCAGCUGUCACACAAUACGCUGUUCCAACUAUUGCUCAUUAUUCACAACCAGCUCAACACGCAGUACAGAGGAUCGCUUCGGUUUCCCAUAUAAGUGCUCCUGUUGUAUCCGCAGUAACAGUUCCCGCCACAGGCGUUGUAGCUCAAGCCGGUCACAUUGCUUCUUCACCUGUCGCUGUUAAGAAUGUGCACACAGAAUUUCUGGAAAAUUAUGACGCCCAUCCACGAUACGCUUUUGAGUACAGCGUCAACGAUCCACAUACGGGAGACGUGAAACAACAAAAGGAAGAACGAGACGGUGAAGUUGUCAAAGGUCAAUAUUCUCUGGUGGAGCCGGACGGGUCAGUGCGGACAGUGGACUACGUUGCAGACUGGGAGACCGGUUUCCACGCCGACGUGCGUAACAGCAAAGACAAUCAACAUUAGAUUUAGAACCCAGAACCCCACCUUGAUCGAAUUGCAACAAGCUUAGCCAUUUAUGGUACCGACAGGGCUAAUAGUAUUAAUUAGAAAUCAUUUUUAAAUCCACUAUGUCACGACCUAUAGAAAUUAUCAGUAAUAUGGCUAAAUGUUUAUUUAUUACAUCUCAUUAGACAGACAUACAGUAACUAUAGGUCAACUAUGGAGGUAUUUGCUGCAAUAUGUUUGCAAAAACCUCGCGGUAAGGUAUCGACAGUACCGAUAUGGUCUUUCGACGUAUUUUAGACAGUUGCGUUAUUAACAACGGAAAUGUCUAUCCGUUAUAUUAGUAGUUAGUAGGUUAAAUUAAUAAUUAGGUACAUAACUUACGUAAUAUAAUAUUAUAUAUAUCAAAAAAUUAUGUAACAUUGAUAAAUGAAUAUGAGAUCAGGAAUAACCUUAAUGAGGAAAUAUUCAUACAGAGGACUAAGAAUAGCAAUGUAUGAUAGAUAGAUUGUAACAAUGAUGAUGACUAUGUAUAAUAAUAUUUUUUUGUUAUUCUUAUGUGAAAAGAAAUAUGUACCAUUUAAAUGCAAUAUUACAAUAUUUAUAUUUACUUUUUUUAGUAUACACUCAUAUCUAUAGUUAAGAUUUUUGUAAAUAAGUACCUAUGUAGCGAUCUUUUAUUACGCUUAUUGUGCAAUUUUGUAUAAAAUUUGAAUUUGAUUUAUUUUAUAAAUAUACCUAUUCUGUGAAGUCGUGCCAUUAACCUUUGUUUUACUCGUAAUUCUAUACGUAAAGUUUUCUCCGUCUAACCGAAAUCUGUACUCAACGCUAAUAUCUUGUAGCGUUGUAUUUAAGCGAUUGGUAAGGCUACUAUAAGAGUAUUUGCUGUAAGCAAUUCACAUCUCACAGCUACAUGGGCUGUCACGUCGACCUCCACGUGGUCCCCUGGAAACCCUCGUGCUGAAUUCCUGAUGUAUUCUUCACGAUGGGCUAAUUACCUUAAUACCAUCCUUUUUAUUCUUACCUAUCAAUCCUCACUGGUGCCCCGCCAGCAUAUGCCGUUAGCGCAGAAAGGAUUAGCUUUCCAUUGUCAUGCAUUAAAAAAAAAUAUUGUGAACUAACUAUAUCAGAUUACUUUGCUCGCGUGAGUUAAGAUUGUAUGUUAAUCUAAGACAUGACCUAGUUGUGUAGUACAUUUCAUUUAAAUCCAUUCAGCCCUUUAAAGAGUUUAUACCGCAAAAACAGCAGUUUAUCUCAUAAUGUCAAUAUUCAAACAGACACUUUUACAUUAUUUCUCAAUAAUAAUUUCUAAAAAUUUUCUUAAAAUGAACUAAGCUAUAGGUUAUACUAAUUAUCACUGAUAUUUUAUAUUCUGUUAGAAAAUCAAAUUUGAAAAAAAUCAAUAGCAAAAUAUAAAUAAGUAGGUACCUAGUUAUUGUUGACAAAUAUAUAAGUAUGUAAUAUUUUUUAUGAUUAACGUUUUUAGCUAAUGUAUUGUACAUACACACAAACUAAUAUUGUAACAUUAAACACGGUUGUAAUAUUUUUAUUUUCCUGUAUAAUAUUUAACUCGCUUUUUGGAAAGCAAAAUACGCUUAUUAUUAUUUAACACUUUAUUACACCAAUAUUUUAUGAAUUACACUCUUCACCUCUUCAAAUCUUUU